AUAAUUUAAAAAAAUUUUUGGCCGAUGAUUUUAAAAUUUCAGAAAAAGUGGGGGGGGGGAAUAUGACACACUAAAUAAUUUGUUAUGCAGGCUCAUGAAAAUUGAAAACUUAUUGUUUAUAUAGAUUGCUAUCUUGCAUAAUUUCAGGAAGGUGUGACAAAGGCAUUUAAUCAAUAUUUCAUAAAUCUAUAUCAAAGAUCAUAACCGAUAAGUACCUACCAACCCUUUCCCUAUACCUGAAUCGAAGAGAAGCAGUUUCUACCUUUAUGAUAUGAGUUAUCAAAAUCUUUAUUCGAGUUUUAGCCUUUUUAUUUUACUUUUUCAUCGUGAACAAUUUUUGUUAACAAAAACACAAAUGACUCGAAAGAGGAAAUCGCUGCUAUCGACUUGAGCUACUCGUAUGUGGCAAAUAUUUACUCGUCGUGCUCCUCAUCAGUGCACAACAAAGCAUUCUCUCUUUACUAACCAUUUUCCAUUCUCUUUUAAUUCAAACUUGAAAUGUAUACAGAGAUGGUCAAAAAAUAACUAUCUUGGUGAGGAUAAAUUGAAAUAAAUUGUGUGUCUGCGUCUCGCUUUUGAGUCUCACUCAGUAUGUCACGUACCGAGAGUACAGAGGGUUGAUUGAUUGCACGUGAACUAUCGGUGGCCUUUGGUGCAACAAUUGAGACGGGAACAUACGAGCAGUGCAAACAAUUUUUAAGUUGUCAGCGCCACGAGCGUCUGAAAGCGUCCGAGUGCAUAAUAGAGAGCAUUUAUAUAGGACGGUGCGCGCUCGUUUUAGACUUGCUGGCAAGACGCGCUUUCCACAGCGCUCACAGUUCUUCAAUUAAAAUAAUUAACAGCGGUCGAGAUUUGCGCGGCGUAAAUCUGUUGUGCGCCGUCUUUGAUUUCUUGAAUUAUUCACGCGUGCAUUUUCGAGUGUCUCGGCAUGAGUGGCGAGGACGAAAGUGAUUCCUGCGGCGGAUCGGCCCUCCGAGAAUGUGUCACGCGAUAGAUUCAGGUCAUAAAUAACGCUAUCAAAUAUGGUGGGAGGAAUGCUCCUUCCCACAGGCGCCGCGCUUUUGCUGAUUUUGGCCGUCUCGGUCCAGGAAACGGCCUCGCAAGACCUUUUCAGGCCAAAUGACACCUUUGACCUGAAACACCAUCUCAGCGUUACAUCAGCAAACCAUGAGCAGCAGCAGCAGCACUCGGGAGGAAUCCACGUGGCCAGUUGGCGGUGGGACGAGAUCGGCGUGUUUUUCACCUUCACGGCCUUCGUCCUCAUCACGGGUCUCGCAAAAGUUGCUUUCCAUCACGUACACUUUUUAUCAUCACGAAUACCGGAAUCAUGUUUGAUGAUUAUAAUGGGAGUCGCAGUUGGCGGUGUUUUGUAUGCUGCGGGUGUGCAGGGGCCAGAGGCUGCGGCGAUGGCCACGGACAAGAUCCUCGACGACCACCCGAAGGUGAAUCCGACGCCGAUGCACGAGUCAUCCUCUGUCAACCAGCAACCCUUCAUCAUGCCAAUGUUCACGCCAAGACUGUUUUUCCUCGUGCUCCUUCCUCCGGUCAUUCUGGAAUCGGCGUAUUCGCUGUACGACCGAGCGUUUGCGGACAACCUGACCACUAUUUUGCUGUACGCCGUUGUGGGCACCCUUUUCAACACAUUUGCGAUCGGAGCACUUUUGUUUGGAAUUUACAAGAUGGGUAUCAUGGGCUCGCUGCGAGAUUUCGGCGGAUUCGCCACGUCUUCCUAUUCACUGACGCUGCUGGACAGCCUCGUUUUUUCAGCCCUCAUUUCGGCCGUCGACCCGGUGGCCGUUUUGGCCAUUUUUCAAGAGGUCGGAGUCAACAAAGAUCUUUAUUUUCUGGUUUUCGGAGAAUCGCUUUUAAAUGACGCCGUGACCGUCGUUCUCUACACCACGAUGGUCGCUUUCACGGAAAUGACGACGAUCCACGGCGAGCAAUACGCGCUCGCGAUUCUCUCGUUUUUCACGGUGAGCUGCGGCGGCCUUUUCGUCGGAAUCAUCGGCGGCCUGCUAACCGCUCUCAUUACCAAAACGACGCAGGACGUCAGAGUUGUGGAACCUUUGGCAGUUUUGGGAAUGGCCUACUUGUCAUACCUAAGCGCAGAGUUGUUCCACUUUUCUGGCAUCAUAAGUAUCAUAGGCUGUGGUUUAGUCCAAGCUCACUACGCGUUUAAGAACAUAUCACACAAAUCCUACACCACCGUGAAAUACUUCACGAAAAUGCUCAGUUCCACCAGUGAUGCAAUCAUUUUCCUAUUUUUGGGAAUGGUCUUGGUCAGCGACAAGCACGUUUGGCACACGGGCUUCGUUCUCUGGACCCUGUUGCUCUGCCUGAUAUGCAGAUUUGUUGGCGUGUUCCUGCUCACCGCGUUGAACAAUUUGAUGAGCGUGCGGCAAAUCGAGAUGCAGGAGCAGUUCAUCAUGGCCUACGGAGGCCUGCGAGGGGCGGUCGGCUUUUCACUGGUCGUGAUGCUGGACGGAGCGCUGGUCCCUCCGCGCCAGCUCUUCAUCACGGCCACCCUCGUCGUCAUCCUCUUCACCGUUUUCAUUCAGGGCAGCACGAUAAAAACACUUGUUGAUUUUCUGCACAUUGAGAGGUCGCAAGCUGGACACAAGACUCUGCACGAGGAAGUGUCCGACCAUGUGAUUAGCAUGUUGAUGGCCGGGAUCGAAGAGAUUGCUGGCGCCAGGGGCGACUAUUACAUCAGAAGGAAACUGGAGUACCUAGACGAUAAGUACUUGAAGCGAAUUUUCAUGAAUCCUGACGCUGAAAACGACCUGACCAGAAUGUUUGAAAAACUGACCCUGACGGAGCACUUUGCUCACUUGUACGGUCCUGUGACCUUGGUGGAGGACCAAAAUUACUACGGAGGCUACGACUCGCGCGAAUCUCUGGACCCGCACAAGGCUGCCCUGAUGGGACUGCCGCCGCCCGGAUCUUACUUCAGGGUUUCCGACCUCUUCCCUGGCGUCGAGUUGCGACGCAGAGGCACCAUGGUCAUGUCGCCCUCCUCCAGCGCACCACCAACCAGGGGCAGGUCCCGCACCCUGACUGAGGGAGAACUCACCUCCUCCAACCUCACCCUGAGAAAGGCCCUCAGAAACACGCCCUAUCAGAGAUUCCACUACAAGCACAACAGGAACUUGAUAGACGACGAUUAUCAAGAGUUGAGGAAUCAUCUUGAGCGGCGACUUUUGACCGCUCGAAGAAUCACGCACAUGGCGGCCCUGCGGCAUCAUUCGGCGCAGUCGGUCCUUCCGACGAGCUCAGUGGGGCCUUCGUCACUUGAAACCCAGCACGACAUCGAGUUUUUCGAUCAGCCCAGAAGACAAGUUGUUUCAGGAGAAUUUGUCGAGAAACAACAUUUUUUAACAGUGAAAGAAUUGCAAGGAGUUUAUCCCGAAGACUUGCCUGGCAUGCAGGCGAUUUUCACCAGGACGAAUCGGCGUCUGUCCAUAGCGCGGCAAAGGUCGUCUGAGGUGCCGUCCGAGGUCAUGAUGAGGUCAAUGUCGGACGAGCAGGCACCAGGACCGCAAACGCUGCACGUGUUGCAGCGACAGCCGCGCGUCUCAGAUUCACCCAGCAUCGCGGAAACCAACGAAAUGGAAGAACAUCGCUUGUUGAAUCAUCCAAAUGUGCCACAAAGAAAUUUGCGUCCCGGCAGCUCAGAAUCGGAAGUGUGAAAAACCAAUUUUUGUGUUUUCUUUGAUUUUUGGUCAAAUUCUGAUUUCAUUUUCAGAAAAUUUAGUGUUAUUCUGUGGUAGGUGAAAAAAGUACGCUUCUUGAUUAGCAAAAGUAUUUUAAUCAUAGGAAAAAUGUGUGCCACAAAUAAUCUAGGAUUAAAAUGUAGUAUUGCUGCGCAGUGCUAUGUGAACGGUGCUCUAAGCUCUAAGUAUUUUAUUUUUGUAUAACAGAGACAGCGUUUUAAUUUUGAUACCAAAUUUCAAAUGUGGAAAUAAAAUGCGUAGC